AUGACUCGUAAACAAAGACAAUUUAGAGCAACAAGUUUAACGCCGCAGUUGAAACAUCAUUUAAAAACUUUUACAGCAGCACAAAUAUUUGAAGAAUUAAGUAAAAUUCGAGGUUCAAGUGAAGUUAAAACUUGCAUUUCUAUUCUUUUGAAUGUCGAACUUUGUUGUUGUUGUUUAGUCACGUCUUAA